GGAUUUGGAUAUCAAAAGCCACCCUCCGAGAAGUGGUCGAUUGAUAGAGCCUGUGAUCUGGGAGCCCCUUCUCUCUGCCAAGACCUCUCUUUCUCUCUCUUUCCCUCUCUCUGUCUCGCUCUCUCUCUUUUCUCCUCCCUUCUUGGAUAGCCACAGCCCCUAAGAGCUGAGUCAGACCUUCCUCUCUUCCACAGCAUUGCAGCACUUCGGCAGCAAAAAAAAGCCAGCCUUCUGCCUCUCCGCAUCUUUCUUUGCAGCAUCCUUUCCUCUAUCCAUCUCACCACCAUGGCCAGCACCGUCUCAGCCUACAAAGAGAAAAUGAAGGAGCUGUCUCUUAUUUCAUUGAUCUGUUCCUGUUUCCACACUCAACCACACCCCAAUACCAUCUACCAGUAUGGAGAUAUGGAGGUGAAGCAGCUGGACAAGAGGGCUUCCGGCCAGAGCUUUGAGGUGAUCCUGAAGUCCCCUUCGGAUCUCUCCCCGGAGAGCCCCGUUCUCUCCUCUCCCCCCAAGAAGAGGGACCUGUCCCUGGAGGAGCUGCAGAAGAGGCUGGAGGCCGCCGAGGAGAGGAGGAAGAGCCAGGAGGCCCAAGUGCUGAAGCAACUGGCGGAGAAGCGAGAGCACGAGCGGGAGGUGCUGCACAAGGCUUUGGAAGAGAACAACAACUUCAGCCGGCUGGCUGAGGAGAAGCUCAACUACAAGAUGGAGCUGAGCAAGGAGAUCCGCGAAGCUCACCUAGCUGCCUUGAGAGAGCGACUCCGUGAGAAGGAACUGCAUGGAGCUGAGGUGCGCAGGAACAAGGAGCAGCGGGAAGAGAUUUCUGGAUAAAGGGCUUUUCUAUACAACUAGCACCUGCUUCCUAAUAACUAACAAACAAAUCCCAACACCUUUUUUUUUUAAUCUAGACGAGGCGACAUCUGAUUUCUCCAUUGCCAUUUCCUUCCCCUUGUCCUCCCUCCUUUCCUCCGGUGUACUCAGCUACAUCUCCCUCCCUCUUUCUCUUCCCUCUCUGUCUCCUUAACUUAUGGGGUUUCAUAGGGACCUCUCAGCAGAAUAGCAACUAGUUCACAGACACACUCAUUAAAUAUAGAAUCCAUAAACCAGCUUCUCUUUGGGCUCUUCUUCAGAAAUGAAAAAGGGAAUGCUUAAUACGAAUGCACAAUAAUUAAGGCGAUGCAUCGAAUGCAUUCAGCAGUGUCGUUCUCUAUGAACCAUUCACUACUCCUGCUAUUUGUCCCAAGCCAAGUAACAAUGUGGGAUCGGACAAAGGGGAAUCUUUCCUUGCUGAGAAAGGCUACAGGGACAGUUUCACACAUCACACGGUGGGUUUUUCUUUUAAGGCAUACAUCUAUGUUUUUGAAGUGCAAAAAGAGAGCAAUGGUUAUAUUUGCAGGCAAGCGUUUUGUCCGCACCCAGUCAAACGAGGAUUUGGCUGAGACUCUCUGAUGACUGUAGUUUCAGGGGUAUAUUUAGGUUGACUACCUUGCUAUGAACACAAGGAGGUUUGUGGCUUUCUGGAGAACCAGAAAAGCAGGUGGGAUGAUGGAUGAAUUUGGUUAGAAAGUGUCUCUUAUAUUAGUGUUGGUUGUAGGUUGGCUGGUUUGGAGGUGAUGGUGAAUUCCCUUAGCAGCCCAGAGCUAGGAGAAAUACACAAAGGAAAAGCACAGCAGACAACAUUUGCUACCCUGCCUUGUUUAGUCUCAGAUCUAAUCAUCCCGGCAUGAGAUUUUAUUUUCAGAAGAUAACUCUUCAGGGUUAUUGGCUAAAACAGAAUCAGGCAUGUGAUCAAACCCAGAUUCCAUAUUAAACAAAAUGUAUCAUUUCUGGCCUCAACUUUUUAUUUGUUUUGCCACUCAUAUCAGAAAAAGUUGUAUGGCUUCACAAUGACAAAAACCAUUGUGAGAUUUUAGUUCAAUAAUGCCAGUUGCAGUUAUCAACAGCAUCUUCCCUCAAAAGCUGGAAGGAACUUGACAGAGGUGUUUCAGGAGUUGCAUCUGAGUGAUAGUCCUAGGACUUACUUUCUUUCCGUUUGUUGAACUCUUUAACCGUCUCUGAUAGUUCCCAUAAUGAAAGAGAGGUAUGUCUGUUUUGUGAAGAUCCAAAGAUGUAAGUCCAAAAGCAAUGAAAAAUUGGACCAACAGUCGUUCCUCCCAGAAAUUGGUUGUGGGGUCAGCUUUGUGGAUCGCUGGCAGUGGCGAUCAGAGCAGAAUCCUUGACUGGUUGAAAACUGUUUGAGCCAAUGUACUGUUUAUUUUAUUAAAUUUAAUUUGAAAUGUAUUCCCCUUUAAAUGUCGAACUACAUGCAUGGCACCAUCUUCUGUGAUCCUAAAAAAUAAAAUAAUAAAAAUUACAGCAAAACAGGGUGUGUUCACAAAAGUAGGAAAUUGGAAUGGUUUAGUGCACUGAUCAGAAAGCAAACAAAACAAUGGCAUGAACUGUAAAAAUGAAGCCUGCCAUUGUUUCUAAGACCAAACUAUUUCAAGAGAACCAACAAAAAGAAUAUCAGUUGUGGAUAUUAUUGUUGAUAUGUGCUUUUAAGCUAUAGUAUAAUGACCCUAUCAUUGAGUUUUCUUGGCUUGGGAAGAGUUGGCUUUGCAUCUGUCCAAGGCAAAGACAGAAUGACUUACUUGCCCAUGGGUUUCUAUGGCUGAGUGGGGAUUUGAUUACUUAUAUCACACAGUUUUCAUUCACAAUAUAAAUUCCAUUUUAUAAACUGAAGAGAUUUCAAUAUUUCUACAUUUCAAUAUUUCUAUAUAAGAUUGCAACAGUAGAUUGCUGUGAGUCUUUCGGGCUGUAUGACCAUGUUCCAGACCAUGUUCUAGAAUAUGGUCAUACAGCCCAAAAGACUCACAGCAACCCAGUGAUUUCGUCCAUGAAAGUCUUCGACAAUAGAUUGCUACAGUAGUUUGAAAAAGAAUAUCACCAACAACAACAAAAACUCAAACACAGGUCAGAUUCCACUUCAGUUUUUUCAGUACCUCUAUUUCCGAUGCAAUAAAAAGAUCUUAAACAAUACAUAUACAUUUAGUCCCUACUCCCAAUUAAAAAGAAGCCAGAGUCAGGAAAGGAUCUUCCUUCUGCUUCUGUACUUACUUCAGAAAAACACAGCUAUUUGGAAAUACAGUAGAGUCUCACAUAUCCAACAUAAACGGGCUGGCAGAACGUUGGAUAAGCAAAUAUGUUGGAUAAUAAGGAGGGAUUAAGGAAAAGCCUAUUAAACAUCAAAUUAGAUUAUGAUUUUACAAAUUAAGCAUCAAAACAUCAUGUUAUACAACAAAUUUGACAGAAAAAGUAGUUCAAUACACAGUAAUGCUAUGUAGUAAUUACUGUAUUUAUGAAUUUAGCACCAAAAUAUCACGAUGUAUUGUAAACAUUGACUACAAAAAUGUGUUGGAUAAUCCAGAACGUUGGAUAAGCGAGUGUUGGAUAAGUGAAACUCUACUGUAGGUAUUCCAUUCCCAACUGUCCUUUGUGGUGCAUGUAUUCUGACAUUUAAACUCACAAACUUUUUGUUUUAACUCCAGCCAUUAGAAGUUCCAGCUCAGAAAUAAUGUGACUUCUUUCUUUGGCCUAUAGUUCAAUCAGAGUUGUAGGGCAGGUAAAUAACAAUUGUCAAUCACUGGGGAUGCAGAACAGUGAGGACAUUAGAAGACAAUAUUACAAACUGUCUUGCCUGUCAUAUAUAGCAGAUGAACGCUGGUUAUAAUAAAUAACUAGGUCUUGUAUGGGGAGUAGAGAGUCCCCAUACUAUUGGUUUCUGUACUCUAGACAUGGUAACAUAAAAGUAGGUUCUGUUGAGUUUGAGAGGGAUUACAUCUGUGUGUGUUUAUGUGUGCAUAGAACUGCAUCUCAGCAUUCAUGGUUGAAGGAUAGGGUUUGGGUGUUAGUUUCACAGAAGAGACAACAAGACACUUAAAACAGCAAUGUAGAGAGCAGAUCCCUUUUAGAGUCUGUCUGUGCCUUCAAGUCAUUUGUUGAGUUAUGGCAACACCAUGAAUUUCAUAGGGUUUUCUUAGGCAAGGGAUACUCAGAAGUGGUUUUGCCAGUUUGUCCCUCUGAAUUAUAGCCUAUGGCAUCUGGUAUAGAUUGGCAGACUCUCAUGCAAGUACUAACUAGGGUUGACCCUGCUUUCCUUCCAUUCUUUUACAAAAAAAAGAGAGAGAGAGAGACAGGAGUAAAUAUAUGGCAGAAUCAACUGGUAUUCACUCCACUUUGGAUCAAGGAUGCAGGUUAGCCUGACUGGUGGGUUUUAGGCGAAACCGUGACACCUCCUGGAUCUGUAAUUUCCCACUAAGCACUACUUAGUCAAUUAUAUUUCACAAUUUAACAUCCAGUGGUCCUGCAUAGGAAAUUAUAGUAAGACCCUUGUAUGGUCAACUCUUGACUGAUGGUAGGUUUCUUUCCUAGCUUUACUUUGAGAUCCCUAGGAUUUCCUGAUGGUUUUCCAUCCAAGUAAUAAGUAGUCUCAACCUUCCUUUGUUGUAAGUCAAAAGAGAUUGGCUAUGUUCUGGAGGGUAUGAUGGUGAAAUCCCUCAGAGCUCAGGAGAACUCUGUGGUGAGCUACCUAUGAUAUAUCUGUGGCUCAUCUUCUUAGCUUUGUAGAGGGAAAGGAUUCGAGAAGUGCAGAGUGCAAAGGUGGUGGGACCACUGCUUUCUUAGUUGAUGUAUCAGACCUUUUAGAUGUAGAAUAGUAUCAGUUGGACUCAGCAACAUUUCCUGUCUUACUACGUUUUCAGUCCUAAUAAUAAGUCACCAAGCCCAUCAACACCUAUGAGGCUACUACUUAAGGAAUCCUUUGUGCUCCACUAUGAUAACUGUGCUAAUAACUAAGACGGUCAGAAGAAUAUCUGUAGUCUAGCAACUUAGCACAGAAUGUUUCCAUUGCCUUGAGAACUCUUCAAAUUUUGGUCAUGCUUCCCCAUCAUGCUAUUUUGGCUAUUAUUAUGCUGACUAACAGAGAACUGUGGAAGCCCUGGGUAUUGGAAAAUUUUAUUUCUCAGAUAUCCCUCUCAUUAAUCAGGAGAUUGCAGUAUAAAUCUAUUGUCUACGAUAAUCAUCUAGUCACUAUUCCCUUUUUAAGAUAGGUAUUGGAAGGUUGAAAGACAAUUAUUGACCCAGGAAGUCCUUGUUUAAGUUGACUUAAUUAUAUCCAACCUAUAUUGGGCGUAGGUCCACCUUGGUUUUGUUUGAUCUCUAACAGGGACAGUGCCUAAAUUUUGGAUCACCAAAAUGUAUUCUGCUGUCAGUCUCCAAAGAUAUAUGAAUCUUGAGUAGGUUUUACCUCACAUAGAUCUGGUAUCUUUCCCUGUCUCUUGCAGUUCUUAAAUCUACCAUGAUUCUGAUCUUUGCGGUCAUGCCUUCUCAUGCCCCAGGGUAAGGGAUUUAUGACAUAGGGACCCAUCUUGCAAGGCUUUAUGUUGACACUUUGUGGAUGCUCUCACCAUCACCCCCAACCCUCUCCUCUAUAUUUUGUGCCUACUUUGGUAGUAAGAGGGUUUUUGUAUGUGUGCAAACUGCUUUAGUACUCUUUGGGAUUCAGGGCUGCCUCACCUAAAAGACAAAACAGAGCAUUUAAGGGGGUUGUUUAAGAGAAGGUGGCCAUGUCAGAAUAAUGGUUUCCUGUUAACCUUUUAGAUUCAACUGGCAGUAAAAAUGUAUGUUUUCUGGAAUUAAAAUAGUCUUGGGUUACAGGGCAGGAGAGUAAAUGUUGUGCAAAAAGCGGAAAGCUCAAAGAAUUAUUUUCAGGAAGUGUUUCUAGAUGGAUCAGGGAAGCAGAUGAAUACACAACCAGUUGGCCUAGUGAAGAUGCAGACAAAAAUUUACUGGAAGUCAGGUGGCAUCUUUCCCGGUAUGGAUUCUGCCUUCCACUUAAAUAGAUGCAAGAGCAUUAGGAAAAAGCUUUGUAUCCAAAGAGAAGGGCCACCAUGGAACACAGAAAUAUUUGAUGUGAUUUCAAGGAAGGUGGAACAGGUCAAAGAGUCCAUCAGGGUUGUGAUAAAGUCAUAGGUCACGAAAGACAGAUCGGGUUUGAAUUCGGAUGUAGCCGUUUCUAGAUAGCCACCAUCUUAGAUAAUAAUCACCCUGUGUAUAAUGCAGAACCAUCUCAUCCAUACUAUAGUAAUGAUAACGUUUUAAAAUGUUUAAAUAAAAUUAUUUAAGGAAAUUUUAAAGGAGAAAAAAAAUAGAGUUUGUGUGUGUACGAAAUGGAAGCGGUCACCGGUGCUCCCGUCCUUUGGCGGAACCUCUAAAAAACGACUGCAAGAUGUUAACAAUGUCUUUACUUGCUGUGGUGCUGGGUGUUUGCUCGGUGUGUAAUUCAGACUUUUUGCUGUACUUUCUGUUUCAUUUUUUAAUAUGGUGACAAUGACUGAUGAUGAUGCUCAUGGUGACGACAGCUGGAAAUGUUAUGCUAAAGAGCACAGGCUCAAACACUCAAUUCCUUCCAGUAGUUAUCCAUAGUGAGAUGGGAAGCAUUUUUAGAGUCAAGCAGAAGUUAAGGCAGAAAGUACUAAGACUAGUUCUCGGUGAGGUGAAGGAACUUGAAUAUGAGCUAUACCACUUGAGGUGCAGAUAAGGGUAAAUGCUCCUAUGUUUGAAUUAUGCUCUGUACAAAGCCAGUCUCUGCUUUGGACAUUUCAAAUCAGAAAAUUGGAUUCAAUCUGAAUAUUGAGACCUCAUUGAGGCCCAUUCCUUGCUGGAGCAGUUGAGAAGUUGCACUUGAAAAGAGAACCAGAGAUAUUAGGGAGUAAUCCAGAUCCAAAAAUAAACAAAGUCAGGAGAAAUCAAGUUGGAAAUUAGAAAGAUAAGAGGAUCAGGGACAGUUGCGUGGGGAAAAUUCCACAAGAAGCUGAUACUUGCAUCUUAAGAACUGGAUAGUGCAGACUGGCCUUUAUAACAGUAGAAAAGGCAAAGGUGAGCUUCCAUUAUACAAUGGUAUCUUACUCUCUGUAGAGGCUUCCUUCCAUUUCCUAACCCUGUUGUCACCAAUCUUGUCUUCUAUGGCUGCUUCAGCCUAGUUCUCUCUCGUCAGUUCAAAUCUGUAUAUUGAAUGAGGCCCCAUUGGCCUUGAUUUUGUGCCAUCAGCUCAGAGAUGGCACUGGAAGAUGAUGCACCUCUAAACUUUCUCAAGAGUCAGUUCCAUUGGGCAUUGUGGGGCUGGUUCUUAUAAUCCAUAAUAAUGGAGAACCUGUGCAACAUUUGGAGGGGGCAUUGGUUUCCCACAUCUGCUCUAUGUAAAGACUGGUAUUUGAGCAAGGUGAGCCAGCUUCUUUGCAACCAUUGUUUUGGAUGGCAUAGACAUUCUGUGAUGUUAGAUCCAAGAUGAUUGGUGCUAAAUUUUCCCAAACUAGAACCUCUUCCAGAUGAUUUGGGCUCCCAUGAUCCUUGGCCACUGCCCAUCUGAUGGAAGUUCUAGUCCAAAAUAUUUGGAAGGCACCAUUUUGGGGAGGCUGGCCUAUGCACAUACAAAUGGUUGUUCUGUCAUGUGUCAAAUUAUGAACUUGGUUGUAUGUAUGGACUGGACCUUAGGCAACCUUUGGUGCUCAUUUUGAAAUGAAGACUCAAAUAUUUAUUCCCAUCACCUUGUCAGUGUAUUCAAGAAAGGAUUCGCUCAGGGUGUGCUGAUGGUAUCAGGUAAAGAAAUAGGCAUGUUCACAGGUGGAAGUCUGCACCAGUUGUGACAUUACUGAUGUUAUAAGAUGGGCAAAAGCAAUUCUUUGGAGCUGUAUAAUCAAGUGUAUCAGAGAAGUCAAGGAACGAGUUUGUCUAGUGACAAUGGGUGUGUCAUGAAUAUACUGCUGUGUUUUAAAAUACUGUUGGAUUUCAUCUGAAUUGAAAUGUAUGCUGCUUACUUGUGGAGCAAGGAAAGCAGGGGAGAAGGGGUAUGAAUAAAAUAGUCCAUACUUAUAGCAAACUUAGUUCUCUGGAUGGUGUCCUUUAUGUGGCCAAAACAGCACCACCCACACUUAAAAGGGUGGGAUCUGCAAGUGCGGGGGAACAAAAAGGUUUGCAAAAGUACACAAAAUAUUUAGGGGAAGGGAAAUCCUAAAGGGCAGGGUGAGAAGAAUCCCCAAAACAGUCCACUGAGAAGCGAUCACAUCUUUCUCAGCUAACAAAUACCAUUUUCUGGGAAGAAACGGAGGGGGAGAAUAAAGAAUGGCACAAAUGGCACAGGAACAGGCUAUUUUGGUCCCCCUUCCUUGCACCUUCCACUGGUGUCAUUUCUUGAGUCAGGACUGGAUUCCUCUCCAUGCCUGUCUGCAUAGACAUCGUCUUCAAAUAGCCUUCAUGUUCCUGCUGGUGUACCUGCUGCUUUGAUUGUUAUGAAUCAAAUUAUCUGUCACAGGAAAUGCCAAACAGGACCUGUUUUUCUUGUAAUUUGUUGUAGGCACAAAAGAGAAGACAUAAACAAUACUUAGGGACCUGAAGGUAGUUCUGCACAUUUGCUAAAUUUAGUUCCCAAGUUCCCAUUUUCAAAUUGGAAAGGGCUGUUUUGAGCCAAUAGGAGAUGAAUUCUAGUUAAAACUUCUGUAUUAUUAGCAGUGCCAAACAAAGGGAUUUGUGGCUCAGAAACUAUCCCACUUAUUUAAGAGCAACAGUCAGUGGCAAAAGGAUUUGAAUUUUUGCUGCAAUGCCCUAUCUUUCUUUUAAAAACAUUUUAUAUGCCCUGCAUCAAUAGAAAAUCUCACUUUUAAUUAAUGUAUUUUUAAAAUUAUCAUUUUCUGCUGCAAUACGGUGCUUAUUCCCAAAUACAUGUCGGCAGCAGAAGCAAACCCCUUUCUUCCUGCAGUCAUGAUGGUGCUAUAAGUACAUUCAAAAUGCAAAGCUGAAGGUGCUCAGCUACUACUAUUUUUAAAAUGGGGGUCAACAAAGGUUUUUGGGUUUCUUCUGCCCUCUGAACGUAUCAAGAAUGUAGUGUGUAGGCCAGGAAAUGACGAGGAAUGGAGCAUGAUGUGGACCAUGUCAGUUUUGUGUUUCACACCCAAUUACAACAUGACUGUUGAAAAGAGGGGUUUGUGAGUGUGUGUACUCAAGUAUAAGGCCACGGAGACAUUUUGUUUCAUGCACUCCCAAGAAUUGUAAUCUUGAACACUCUCUCCCAAUGGAAAAUGGCUACUACCCAUGAGUAUUCAAGACUUGUAGGAUGACUCCUGAUAAUACUUUAAUGUUCACUGCUCAGUAUUGUUCUUGGUUGCUUGACCCAACUGGCUCUACGCUACAUAUCUAGCUGUUGCCACUUCCCAGUUAGCACAAGCAAAUAAUCACGAAAGACCAAAACCACUCCUGUAUUUUGAAAAGCCAUUGAGAUCAGAGGUGAAAAAUGGUUUGUGAUGCAAUCAAGUCAUUAAUAAAUUGCCCAAGCUUUGUUGUUCAUUUGUCAACAUUUUGGAAUUUGCAAUCCAAACAAUUGCAUGGAAAAAAUUGACUGGCGGGUGCUGGAAAGAAUAGUGAUUUAUACAAGGGUUUCCAAGAAUGCUGGAGUUUAUUGCAGCAGGUAUGUGGAUAAGUUCCCACUGGGGUCCUCCAUUAUUACUUCUUGGAAAUAAGCCCGAUGUUAAAACCAAAAGGAACAAAGAACCAACUUGGUUAGAACUUAGCUGUGCAUCUUCCAGUUUCCUCAUGUGUAUAAGAUACUUUCUCCUUCAUGGGAGCCUUUUAAGUGUUCCCACAUGAGAAGCAUUUUAUUAGCAUCUUAACAGGGCCUCCCUGUUAAAAGAGGGCUGUAUUUAAGGAAAAGUGUCCAAAUGCCUGUGCAAAAGCUGUACCAACAUAUAUGGAUCCCCCUCCUCCUCUUCACUCCUGACAGUCUGGUUGAAUGCUGUUGGCCUUGCACAAAAUUUACUCUUAGGAUGCCGGGUGUGUAUUCUUUUUGUCCUUUCCAAAUCGGCAGAACAGUAAGGAAGUGUAAUGGUGUCAUGAAUGGAUUUUUCGCACUCUUAAAAUAAGAGCCUCAUCUGAUUCUUUUACAAUUUACCACAUGCAUUUCAUUGUCAACUUGAGGUUGUUGUUGUGCAAAAGAAGUGAUUAAUGAGGAUUAAAAAAAAAGAAAUAAACUUGGUAUGAAACCACA